UUGGUUUCUGUCUUACAGGUCCACUUGAACCCGAUGAAGCCAGUGUAACCCUUCAGAACAUCCGGCCCAACUGCUCCGCAGGACUCUGUAGAUAUGGCGACGUGUCAGAAAAGCUGCGCAUCAGCGGUGCGUCUCUGUCAAAAACUGAACCGACUCAAGACACUGGAUGAUGACAUGAUGGCCACAUCACUGAAGCGCUGCCUGUCCACCUUGGACCUGACUCUGCUGGGUGUUGGCGGCAUGGUGGGCUCUGGGCUUUAUGUCCUGACGGGCACAGUGGCUAAAGACCUGGCUGGACCUGCGGUCAUCAUAUCAUUCCUCAUCGCAGCCAUUGCUUCUUUUUUGGCUGCCUUUUGUUAUGCAGAGUUUGGCGCCCGCAUUCCCAAAACAGGCUCUGCCUACAUGUUUACGUACGUCUCGAUGGGAGAGCUGUGGGCUUUUCUCAUUGGCUGGAAUGUGAUUCUAGAGAAUAUGAUUGGUGGCGCUGCUGUGGCACGUGCAUGGAGUGGCUACCUGGACUCUAUUUUUAACCAUGCCAUUCAGAACUUUACUGAGACUCACAUUAUGCAGUGGAACAUGCCCUUCCUUGCCCAUUACCCUGACCUACUUGCGGCAGGGAUUCUAAUUAUUGCCUCGAUCUUCAUUUCCUUUGGUGUUCAAGUGUCCUCUUACCUGAACCACAUCUUCUCUGUCAUCAGUAUGGGAGCCAUCCUUUUUAUUCUCAUCUUUGGCUUUGUGCUGGCUGAACCAGCCAACUGGAGCCAGAAAGAGGGAGGCUUUGCACCUUUUGGAGUGUCUGGGACUUUGGCAGGCUCAGCCACAUGUUUUUUUGCUUUUGUGGGCUUUGAUGUGAUUGCAUCUUCAAGUGAGGAAGCAAAGAAUCCACAGAAAGCUAUUCCCAUUGCCACUGGUGUAUCCCUCACACUGGCAGCAACGGCGUAUAUCCUGGUCUCCACAGUGCUCACACUCAUGGUGCCCUGGUACACGCUGGACCCCAACUCGGCUCUGGCAGAUGCCUUUUUUCGUCGUGGUUACAGUUGGGCUGGAAUUAUUGUGGCAUUAGGUUCAAUCUGUGGCAUGAACACUGUGCUGCUCUGUAAUCUCUUCUCCCUGCCUCGGAUCGUCUACGCCAUGGCAGAGGACGGGUUGUUCUUCUCCAUUUUUGCAAGGGUCAACCCUGUCUCCAAAGUUCCAGUCAAUGCUAUCCUGGUGUUUGGAGUUCUCAUGGCCACCAUGGCUCUCAUCUUUGACUUGGAGGCACUGGUUCAGUUCUUGUCAAUCGGGACACUCCUUGCCUAUACCUUUGUAGCUGCUAGCGUUAUUGUGCUGCGCUUCCAGCCGGAGAAAUCCAAGGGUACCACGUCCACAUCUCCGAGCACUAAUGCUGAACCUUCCCGUUCCUCCUCAGCAUCUCAGAAUCCAACAGAGGACAGCUUGGAGUCAAAACAGUAUGAGUCAUUCUCUGACAAAAUCCAGCUGGUGGAGAGGGAGAAGGCCAGAGAGCGACAUGGCGUGGGCCAGCUGAAGGCUUACUGGGAACCUUACCUGGGUCGGCUGCUGGGAGACUGUAAACCAGGCGAGGUGGUGGCCUUCUGUGUGAUGACUUUGAUUGUGAGCUCAGUGUCACUAUGUGCUGUGUUGGAAUUUGGCCAAAAACAGCUGCAGUUGCCAGUUUGGAGCUUCGCAAUCCUGCUGGUGAUUUUUAGCUUGGUGUUUGUUCUAAGCCUGGCAUUCAUAUGGAUUCAUGAGCCACAAAUCAACACCGAAACAUUCCAGGUUCCUCUGGUUCCGUUGUCUCCAGGCGCCAGUAUCCUCAUUAAUGUGUUCCUGAUGAUCAAACUCAGCGCUCUAACAUGGCUUCGGUUCACUGUGUGGAUCACUGUAGGUCUCUUGGUGUAUUUUGGCUAUGGGAUCUGGCACAGUAAGGAGGGCAUGCGAGAGUCCAAAGACCUGGCUGCCAGGUACGUGGUCCUGCCCAGCAGCAGCCUGGUGGAGACUGUGCAGUCUGUCCAGCCUGAGGGGAGCGUGGACGGCUCUGCCCACCACCUCAGCCCCUCUGCUGCCACAGCUGCAGAGCGUGCCGAAACCAGAUGAUGCUGCUUGAUGUGGUCGUCUGCCUCCCUCACUCUGAUGCUGUUUUGUUCCUCGUGCAGUCUGUCUGAGUCCUGCCACCACCUGUAGCUGUCGCUGUGGAAGCGCACCCUGGGACGGGCGGGAUGCGUGCUAUCUCACUGUGGAGCGUGUACAGCUCAAAGCCCGGGCUGCUUUUGUUUGUUUGUUUUUGUGAGAAAAUGCACGUUUCAUGAAGUAAACUCAGUGGAUGACUUUAGAAAUUUGAGCUGAAAUCUGAACUGCAAAACCAAAUUGAACCAAACAGUAAAUUCAGUCCUAAACGAGGUGGCGACAGUCUUUUUGGAUACAUCCUGAGAUUUAAUUUCUCAUGUUCUCUCUUUCUGUUUUUUUUUUUUUUUUUUUUUUUUUUUUUUUAGCAGAAGAAUACGGAAUCUGUUUAAGUUUUUGUCUGCGUCUCCAACCUCCCUUCCUUUUGGUGUGUUCAUGGUCUUUAUUUUCCCAGAAGAAUCCGCACGGUUGGUGACGUGGCAGUGUUUUUUUGCCACUAAAAUCCACUUUGCAUGUGUUUUGUUGGGUUUCUGGCAUGUGAGUGGUGCAGGACACACUUCAGUGUUGGUGUGAACUCUGCGUCAGACAUUGCACAGUUCUGCAUGCAGACGUUUAAACGCUGAAACAUGAGUCAUGUGACCAGCUGACAUACAGUAACAUUCUGCCCUUUAUGUUU